UUCAUUUAAUUUCUGUCUAGCUAUCAGAGAGGAAUUGCGAUUAAUAAAUCUUUCCAUACUUUUUAAGGAAUUUUGUCGAAAAUGAGACAAGAAAAAUCAAUGGGAUGUCUUCUUAUUUCUAUUUUUUCUUAUUUCUGUGUCGCCUAUCCGGUAAUAGUUUGUGCAAGUCAAACCGCCCCCACAAUUAGUGUCCAAUUACUUAAUUCACCUGCAAAUAAGGCAGAAAAUUUUACAACGGAGAAGAAUGAUUUAAUAAUUGUAGAAAAGUCUGCAGCCAACCCGUUCGACUCGAAAGGAAUGGAAGUCACUUGCUCGGCACGAUAUCCAGUUUCGCUUGUGUUUGAAGGUGUUGGGGAUUUUAAUUUCCUGUCAGGAGGACAAGGUUCGUCUGACUGUGCUGAGAAAAACGGGGAAUUGUGUAUCCCAAAAUAUUGGAUCCGGAAAGACAUUGCCGGACUGAGGAGUGACCAUACUGGAAAAUUUGUGUGCAGUGGAAAAUCGCAAAAUAACAAUUUGACAUCCUCCUUUUCAAUCUAUGUUGAAGGUAAUUCGCAUCCCUUCGUCCGACAGAGGGGUGGCAACGUAUAUUUCACUAAUGAGACGGAAGCCGUCCUUCCGUGCCUCUCGUCCAUCCCGAACACUACCGUAAGUUUGGUCAAAGUUGAAAAGGAUGGCGAAACUAUGGAAGAUUUUGCGGAGUUCAAGUACCACGUCGUUCCCGGGGAAGGGGUCAAAUUCGCAUAUGCGGAGGAAUCUUACGAGCCAGGAACUUAUUUAUGUUUAGCGUCCUUAAGGAAUAGGACGUAUUUUGCGGAAUAUAAUGUUAAACGGUUGGAUGAUGCAUGUACCAAAUCUUGCCCGGAACUGGGUACAACUUGUGAGAAGAAAGGAAAAACAGAGGCUUGCGUUUGUGCCGCCGGAUUUGAGAAAGUAUUACUUCUCGAGGGCGGUUUUCCUGAGACAAAGUGUGUCCGAAAAUGUGGCACAGAUGAAGACUGUCCAGCCCACUUGGUGUGCCAAUUAACCUAUACGAAACCUGAGAAGGUGAACACAUGUGUAAAUCCGUGCUACUCGGCGCCCUGUAUUGGUCAUGAUUGUAAAGUGGAAAAUCGAAAACCUGUCUGUAACGUGCAGAUAGGUUCGGCAUAGCUGGAAUAAUUGUGUAUGUGUGUGAGAGUGGAAUAAACUAUGUAAUUAUCGGUUCUUUAUUAAAUACAUAUUUAUUUUUAUAUGCUUAUUAAAUAGAGAGACAUGCUCAAUAUUCAGAA